CAUGCAAGUAAAGGCUAGAGUAGCAGCAGCCCCACUAUUAUUUGCUAUAUCAUUAUAUGAAUUAAAACUAACAUUUGAUAGUUAUAAUAAUGAUGCAAAUUACAUCUCAUAAAAAUUAAUCGUUAUUAAUCUUAUAGCACCAGAAUAAACAAAGUCAUUAGAUAUCUUAGUGCAUUUUUAUCUAACCUUUAAGAUUCCCCCACCAAUUAUCGAACCCAAAUCAUCUAGCUUAUGA